AUGGUUUUCGAAGACAUGGAGGCCGUAGAAAUUUGGAAGGAGACAGUAGUGGAAGGUUCCGUUCUGGACAAGAAGAGUUCAGUUAUGCAAUGGGUAUGGCACUUGAACAGGGAUUAUUGGAUGCGAACCGGCGGUCGCACAGAUAAAAAAAGAAUGAAGCAAACAAACCCAGAAGAUGACAAACAUUCCCCAUAG